AUGACUGCUUCUCGAAACCUAAACGGAGCAACCACUGCAUCGAGAAAGGGAAUGAAGGAAACCAUCCACGCCUUCUACACUGAUCUAUUCGACAGCUAUACUCACUUACCUCCUCACCAUCCGAAGGGAGAUAGACAUGCCAUUCUAGAGCUUCUUCCGCCUGAAGUACAACAUGCUAUCAUUAAUUUCACGACCAAAAUUUUGUCAUUCGAUGGCAAUAUCAUCAUCAACAUGAAGAAAGGAAUCCGACAAGUUGAUACCGUCUCACCUAAAGUAUUUGCGGUCUCUCCAGCAAUAGAAUGGAAUGGGACGGCAUGGGGAAGGGGAGAGCUCAUCGAAACUUCCCGCGUAAUAGACGUCCUUCCCAUGGCACUUACAAUGUUUGAAGCAACAAGUGCAAUAGGAGAAGUCUUCCGGCUCAAAUCUAUCGAUCGUUCAGCCAUCAAGAAAACAUUUGAACGACUCCUUCGACAGCCAAAAAAAGACGAUUACUCAGCCAAAGAAAAUGCGCCAUUUACUAUUGCAGACCCGAAAACCUAUAUUCCACCCCUUGAAUCUAAAAUUAAUCACUACAGGAUUUGUGUUCAUCUAAUUGGCAGCGCACUCAUCACCACUAUUCAAACGUACAUGAAAUCAAUAUCUCUAGAACAAAUAGACCUAAGAACCAGAGAAGUGAAGGAACUUCUCGAUCGACUGCCUCCUAUGUAUCUCAAGAUGAAAGUCAUCCCUCUCUCCAGCUUCACCUCAAAGCUGCUCGAGGAUUAUCCACCAAAUAAACUGCAGUUUCCGUUGGCUCCAAGGGGCGACAAAGUUGACUAUGCGAAAUGUCGAUCAGGUAAAGUUGUAGAAAAGGAAUUAAGCGAGAACAUGGCGAAUGAAUCUUUGAACUCCAAUAGAAAUCAACAACCAACAGCCAAGAUUGUUAACACAUUUAUUACGGCUAACGUUUCGGCGUUGUCGCCUUCGUCAGAGCCUGGAAAGUAA